AACACAUUGAUGUUUCGUGCACUGGGUGCCAACAAUCGAACACAACACGUAAAAGCUGUUUGUUUAAACCAAAACGAAAACAAGAACACUUGUUCUCUAAACAAGCUUCGAUUCGAUCGCUAAAGCUAACCAAACCCAGAAACAAUUGAAUCCAUUUCCUCAAUGCUGCAGCCCCAAUCUCACCGUCCUCGCCGCCGCUGCGAGGGCACAGCUAUGGGCGCAAUCAUCCUCGAUCUCCGCCCUGGUGUCGGAAUCGGCCCUUUCUCUCUGGGUAUGCCUAUAUGCGAAGCGUUUGCCCAAAUUGAGCAGCAACCUAAUAUAUACGACGUCGUUCAUGUUAAGUACUAUGACGAGGAGCCUCUUAAACUUGAUAUUGUUAUUAGUUUUCCUGAUCAUGGGUUUCAUCUCCGGUUUGAUCCCUGGUCGCAGAGACUGCGGUUGAUUGAAAUUUUUGAUGUCAAACGGCUUCAAAUGCGCUAUGCCACGUCUCUUAUUGGGGGACCAUCCACUCUAGCUACCUUUGUGGCUGUAUAUGCUCUUUUUGGUCCAACUUUUCCAGGCAUUUAUGACAAAGAUAAAGGGGUCUACACUCUCUUCUACCCAGGCCUGUCCUUUGCAUUUCCAAUUCCUAGCCAAUAUACAGAUUGCUGCCAUGAUGGAGAAGCGGAACUGCCAUUGGAGUUUCCAGAUGGCACUACUCCAGUAACUUGCCGGGUCUCUAUAUAUGACAGUUCUACUGAUAAAAAAGUUGGUGUUGGAUCCUUAAUGGAUAAGGCUUCUGCUCCUCCAUUACCUGCUGGCAGCCUGUAUAUGGAAGAGGUGCAUGUUAAGCUUGGUGAGGAGUUGUGUUUUUCGACAGGGGGCCAGCAUAUCCCUUUCGGUGCAUCACCACAGGAUGUUUGGACUGAAUUAGGUCGUCCUUGUGGAAUUCAUCAAAAGCAGACAUGUGCUGGUUGGUACACAUUAAUACAGGUAGACCAAAUGGUCAUUCACUCUGCCUUAGACCCUCGUCCACGGACAACACUUUGUGGAGAUUACUUCUAUAACUACUUCACUCGUGGUUUGGACAUCUUAUUCGACGGACAGACUCAUAAGAUCAAGAAGUUCAUUUUACACACAAACUAUCCUGGUCAUGCAGAUUUUAAUUCGUAUAUAAAGUGCAACUUCGUUAUUCAAGUAAAUAACUCGAAACAUAUUACAGCGAGUACAAAAUGGGACCAAGUUAAGGAAAUCCUUGGGGACUGUGGCCGAGCAGCGAUUCAAACACAGGGUUCUACUAGUAAUCCUUUUGGAUCCACAUUUGUAUAUGGCUACCAUAAUAUUGCCUUUGAGGUGAUGAAAAAUGGUUAUAUUGCAACUGUAACUCUCUUCCAGUCAUGAUGAUUUUCUUCUCUGGAUUACUUGUUGCUAUGAUGGUGCUUCUAUGUGUGUUGAUUUUCUAUUCUGUUUGGUUGCCUAGCUUGGAUGCUGCCACUUGCUUUGAGUGGGUGGAUAUUGUACAGUAUUUAGUGGAAAGCAUCACGAGUUGCUCACAGCAUUGUCACGCAGAGAAGCAAUGUUCAAAUUGUAAAUAACUUAAUACUGCGUAUAAGGUUGGUUUGUACAUGUAAUUAGCAUCUACCUUCUGUAACUGUUAAGUAACUUAUACAAGGCUCUGCACUCUGCAACUCUGGUCGGUUCAAGCUGGAAGUACUUGCUUUCUCUUUAGUGCUUCCUGGUCUAAUUGUGCAAUUUGUUUAUAAACCAAAAUUUGUAACGCUUCCAAGUUAAAAGUAACGAGUUUCUUGGGUAUCUCUAAUCAAGAUAGAUACUGCUUUUUCUGA